UCGCUCAAGACAAGUGAUGAAGUCAUUUUGUCAUGUUUUUCCUGGAAUUCAAUGUCUCCUAAUGGCUACUUAGAUGUGUUAGUUUCUCCAUUCGUGUCAUUAUGGAAUGCUUUUUGUUUCGUGUUUGUGACUUUGUUGUGGUCAAAUUUGUUUGGCCGUAAAAAGGAACGGAUCUGGUCUAAAAGGGCGCGUUACUCGAACAUACCUGCAGACAUGGCCUCUAGGUCCCCUCGAGAUGGAAGACGUCCAUGUAAAUCUCAGAGCUCUUUAGAUGAAGGCGAUGAUGGUUUACCGAGAGAUAUAGCUAAUCUCAGGGCGUAUCACAAGCAAGCUUAUGGCUACAUUGCAAAGGCUCUGGAAAUCGACGAAGAGGGAGGGGGCCUGUCAUCGAAAAGAAGAGCUGUAGAAUUCUACAGAAAAGGGAUUGAUGAAAUGGAGACAGGACUACAGAUUAACUGUGAUGGAGAAGGAGAGGAAUGGGAAAAAGCUAGAAAGCUGCAAGAUAAAAUGAAAUCAAAUCUGGAAAAUACAAGAGAAAGAUUAGAUGAAUUAGUGGCGUUACUAUUGUCAGCAUCAACUAUUAACCAGGAAGAAGCUGCCAAGUUAAUGGAAGAAGUGGCCCAAGAAGUCAAAGCUGAAGAAACAGCUCACCCUAUAAACAAUGUGAAGAAGCCACCUUCAACAAAAAGCACAAUGGUACUUCCAAAAAAGUCAAAUUCCUCAUAUAGUGCAACUGGCACUGCUACUAAUUCAAAAGUUCCGAGUAGGAUUGUAACGAAAAAAACUGCGUCAACUUCAGUGCCUGCCAGACCAACCAUUGCAGGACGGAGCCCUCUUGCAAGCAGGAGGAAUCCUACACAGACAAGGCAGUCAAAGCCUUCAGUUGGGUCUGAGAAUGACAGAUCAAAGCAAAUGGAUGAAAAAAGGAGGAAAAUAUCACGUCUCAAGAAUGUUGAUUCCAAGUUAGCUGAUCAUAUAUUGGAUGAAAUUAUUGAAAGUGGCCCCCCAGUGCACUUUGAUGAUAUAGCUGGUGCAGAAAGUGCUAAGAAACUCCUUCAAGAAAUAAUUAUCCUUCCAUAUUUAAGGCCUGAGCUUUUCACUGGUUUAAGAGCCCCAGCUCGUGGACUGUUGUUAUUUGGGCCACCAGGCAAUGGAAAAACUAUGUUGGCAAAAGCUGUGGCCAGUGAAUCAAAAGCAACAUUCUUUAAUAUAAGUGCUGCCACUCUCACAUCCAAAUGGGUUGGUGAGGGUGAAAAACUCGUGCGAACUCUGUUUACUGUUGCUAGAGAACUGCAGCCUAGUAUAAUAUUUAUUGAUGAAGUGGAUUCUCUUCUAUGUGAGAGAAAGGAGGGGGAGCAAGAGCACAGCAGAAGAAUCAAAACAGAGUUCCUAGUUUCUUUUGAUGGAGUCAUUGCUGAUCCAAAUGAGCGAAUAUUAGUGAUGGGAGCCACCAACAGACCAAAUGAACUUGAUGAUGCAGCUCUCAGGCGGAUGGUAAAACGUGUGUAUGUACCCCUACCGGACAAAGAGACUAGAAAAGUCCUCCUAUCUAAACUUCUCGUCAAGAAUCACAACCCACUAAGCUCAUCGGAGAUGGAGUCUCUCGCCAGACAAACUGAAGGGUAUUCUGGUAGCGACUUGACAGCCCUCGCCCGCGAUGCAGCAUUGGGACCCAUCAGAGACCUUCGUCCAGACCAAAUACAGUCCGUAGAUGCAACUAAGGUUCGUGGCAUUAGCUACAACGACUUCCAGAACUCUCUGAAAGUUAUUCGACCCAGUCUUUCGCCUCAUUCUCUGAGGCUGUUCGAGGACUGGAACAGAUCCUUUGGUAGCAGUGCCCAAGGCUAAGGAACUGAAAUGGCGCUCGAUUCAUGCCCUUUUCACACCCCUUAUAGGAAAUUGAAAAUGGUUCGGAGGUAAUACGAUAUUCUGGGCCUGGUUGUGCAAAAGGCGGUUGGCACAAUUCCAUAGGAAUAUUGAGAGUUAACUUGUUUUCUCUUUUAUUAAAAUGUUCAUAAUGUG